AUGCAGGUGUGUUUUCUUCUCCUCGUGAUACACCUUCAUAUCACUGAAGGCUGCAGGCUGGAAGGAAAUGAAGGCUUAAUAGAAAUCACUGCAUACACAGGAGACUCAGUACUGCUGCCCUGCUCCUGCACUGACCUCCAAACCACACCUGAGACAUUCACAUGGGAGAAACACAUAACACAUGAAAAUAAUUGGGUAAAGAUAUCUCCUGAGAGUGAGCAGGACAAAGAGAGAUUUCAGCUGGUUAAUGAUCGCUCUUCAGGAAAUCUCUCUCUGCUCAUAUCACACCUGACUGAAGAGGAUGGAGGAUAUUACAGGUGUUAUCCUACACAGAAUGAAUACAGAGACAUCAGACUCACUGUUAAAGGUUGCACACUGAAUCUACAGACAGUGUAUGUGACUGGAUACGUGGGACAGUCUGUCCUUCUGCCCUGCUCCUGCUCUGAACUACAAGCCAAACCACACAAUUUCACAUGGACGUUUUUAAAUGGUUCUCCUCACAAAGAAAUCUUCCCAGAGGACCAGACAAAUCUCUACACAGACAGAGUUCAGCUCUUUAAUGAUCAUCUUCCAGGAAAUCUCUCUCUACUCGUAUCACACCUGACUGUAGAGGAUGGAGGACGGUACAGGUGUGAGAUCAGGAACAGAAUCUCAGACGUCCGUCUCACAGUAAGAGACGCACCGACAAAACCUUCAACAUCUGCACCAGUGACCACAACAACUUCAUCUCAUUCCAAACCAGAGCAUCUUCCCUACGUCCCCUUCGCCGUAGUGACUGUGUUCUUUCUGCACAUUAUCGUGGCUGUGGUCUAUUACACCACCAGAAAGAAAGAGACUCCCACAAACCCAAAUCCUCGCAACAUCAUCAUCAUCAUCUGUACUGCUGUUGGGGUUCUGCUGCUGCUGCUACUCGGAGGAGUCAUGUACUGGAAACAAAGAGGCUGCAGGCUGGAAGGAAAUAAAAAGACGAUAGGAAUCACUGCAUACACAGGAGACUCGGUACUGCUGCCCUGCUCCUGCACUUACCUCCAAACCACACCUGAGUACAAAGAGAGAUAUCAGCUGGUUAAUGAUCGCUCUUCAGGAAAUCUCUCUCUGCUCAUAUCACACCUGACUGAAGAGGAUGGAGGAGUUUACAGUUGUAGUGUUCAAGGGAGUCAAUACAGAGACCUCAGACUCACUGUUAAAGGUUGCACACUGAAUUGA